AUGGAGGCGUCUUCCUGGGACGCCCUUCGCAAGCAGGCAAGGAGGUUGGAAGCUCAGUUAGAUGACCAAAUGAUUGCAUACCGUAAACUGGUUUCUAUGAAAUCAGAUGGUUCAGAGAACGAUAUCGAGUCUGAUAUAGAAAGAUCGCUGAAGCAGUUACAGCAAGUAAAUUCGCAAAUGCAAACGUGGGUAUCAUCAGGAGGUUCUGAAGUUCUUUCUCAUACUCUGACUCGUCAUAUGGAGAUUUUGCAAGACCUUACUCAGGAAUUCUAUCGGCUUCGAUCAAGUCUCAGGGCGAAACAACAACAUGCUUCUCUCCUUGACUUGAGAGAUUUUGACAGAGCAAAGUUUGAUGUUGAAGAUCCAUCAGACUCAGCUGAUCAAGCUCUUCUCAGGGAACAAGCUGCGAUUGGCAGGAGUACUGGACAGAUGGACAACGUGAUAUCACAAGCUCAGGCAACGCUAGGUUCUCUCAUGACUCAACGGUCAACAUUUGGUGGCAUCACUACAAAGAUAAGCAACGUCAGCAGCCGUCUUCCAACAAUUAACCACGUUCUCUCGUCUAUCAGAAGGAAGAAAUCCAUGGACACUAUCAUUCUUUCGCUCGUUGCAUCUGUCUGCGUGUUUCUCAUCUUCAUCUACUGGCUGUCGAAGUAG